AUGGAGCCCUUUUUCGUCGGCGUCUCCAACAACGCCCAGCAUCUCUAUACAUUGCUCUCCUGCAUUGGAUUCGCUCCCAAGGCUACCGUUCAAAUCACCCCGGACGGACUCCGAUUUUCAGUGGAAGAGGGCCGCGUGAUCCAAGGUCUAGCUUUCCUCGACAAGUCGCUGUUCACGAGCUAUACAUUCAAUUCAUCAACCGAUUCAGAGCCCAACCAAAAUGAACCUUCCAACGACAAUGAAUCUUCCCAGCACUCAGACUACCCCCACUUCGUUGUCUCCCUCUCUGCCCUCCUGGACACCCUCAAGAUCUUCGGCAUCAAUGAGCUGGAUUCCAACCGAUCCCGAGACACCAGUGUCACACAAGCAAACCCCGCCUCGUCAAGCGCAUUCAAUGCCCCCACGCUGCUGAUGGACCGCUCUUGCACCUUACAAUAUGCCCAUCAUGGGGCGCCACUCACCAUAGCGAUCACCGAAGCAGGUGUGAAAACAACAUGUGAACUCGUCACUUACGAGCCUGAUGAGAACGAAGCAGACAUUCCACUCCAGCGCGAUGCGAUCAUCAUGAAGAUCAUCAUGCGCUCCGCCUGGUUGCAUAACGCCAUCGCUGAACUCGACUCCUCAACCCCAAAUAUCCUAAAGCUAUCUGCUUGCGCAACACGUGAACCGUACUUUGCUCUUUCCGGGGCUGGCGGUCCUUUCAGUGAAUCUACCAUCGAGUUUUCGGUUGACUCAAACAACGGAGUUGUCGGUGGCGCGGGACAAGGUGCCCCACAAUCCCAGAUGCGCAAGGUACCAGCAGACGAUGGUUCUUCCCGGAGUCGUGCCACAAGAGCCAAGGUUGCACCCACUGUCACAGAGACCUUCCUUGUGUCCCCGCCGUCUUCCGUGGGGGAACGUAUUCAACAAGGUUAUCGCUUUGCGCUGAUUCGCAAGGCUGCAAGGGCCAUGUCGGUUGCUAAUAAGGUCAGUAUUCGUGGGGAUCGGCAGGGAGUGUUGAGUCUACAGUUCAUGGUCGAGCUUGAUGAUCACAAUGCUCCUGUAGGUAGACCGGUUGGUGCUGGUGUUAAGGGGCCUAAUGGGCCCGUCUGCUUUGUUGAUUUCCGCUUUGUACCACUUCUUGACGAGGAAGAAGCCGAGCUGGAGAUGGAUGGAAGUGAAUAG